AUGUUACUUCCCCAAGAACAAACUGUAUUCAAAGACAGGAAUAUUAAAUCGAAGCAGCCUUUCCCUUCCCCAACCAGCAAUACUCCUGUUUCUGCAGGUCGAGAAUCGUCAAUUAAAGCGAAAACGAUCACAAAACGAAGCUAUAAUCCCUUCUAUCAUUCCGUUCGAAAAACGGCUACGGUCAUCGACUUCACGACCUCACACGGAGGAUACAAUUUGCGAGAAUACUGCGAUUGGUAG